UCCAUUCUCAAUUCAGUUCGUUUGCUCAGUUUUAAUGGCUAGAUUCAGACGACAUUUGACUUUGGAAAACAUCGGGACUUGUUCCAAAAUCCAUUAUUCAAAUUCUAACAUUCCUGGAAUCUCGCUCUCUGCUUGCUUCCCUCACCCUUCAUUUCACAAUGCUUUUAAACUGCCAACUUGAGACAACUUCAAAAACUUUUCUUUCUCAUUACUUUUGGAUCUCCCUCUUUUAGUUUCCCUUUGCGUGCAAUCUAAAAGGAGUCCGAAUUUCAGUUUUCACGUCUUUUGCAUGAUCCUCUGCCUCUGGGACUCUGGGUUGCUUUCUCUUUCAUUUCCAAGGCGUCUGAUUGGCUUCUUUAACUGAUCAUGCUCUGAUCAUUUCUUUUUCCUAUUAUUCUCUUUUUCUUCGGGGCUUUGCUCUGUAAUUUGUUGCCAAUCGGGUUAGAUACCAAAUUCAAGCUUGAAGGGUACCAAUCAAAUUGGUCAGUAAUAUGUCAAAUAUCAAGUUAGAUCAGGUUGUUUGUCAUGAUUCUGAGGAAUCAGAAUUAACCUCUUGGAACGGGAAGGUGACAUCAGAAGAAAAGGUUAAUAGAGUAUAUGAGAUCCUGAACAGUAUCCAUCAGCAAGGACGGAGGUCAAUUAACAGUAUCACUGCAAAUGCUGAGCCUGGAACAUUGAGUGAUAGGUUUCUUAAAGGGAAUAGAGCAGCAAUUGGUGACGGUUUCAAUCUUCCAUUUGAUGGGAAUGAAAAACGUGCACAUGUAUUUGGAAGACGAUCUGGGCCUCUUCUGUCUGGAACAGCCUACUGCAUUUCUUCAUGCAGCAUGAUAUUGCUGAAUAAAGUUGUUCUCUCAAGUUAUAAUUUCAAUGCAGGAAUAUCCUUGAUGUUUUAUCAAAAUCUGAUCAGUUGUCUAGUUGUUGCCAUAUUGGGUCUGUGUAGAGCAGUUUCAGUGGAAAAGCUCACUUGGAAGCUGAUCAGGGUAUGGAUCCCUGUGAAUAUUAUCUUUGUUGGCAUGCUUGUAUCAGGCAUGUAUAGUUUGAAAUACAUAAAUAUAGCAAUGGUGACCAUUCUGAAGAACAUGACGAAUAUUUUAACAGCAAUUGGAGAAUAUUAUGUCUUUCGAAAACGUCAAAAUCAGAAAGUGUGGACAGCAAUGUUUAUGAUGAUUAUCUCUGCUGUCAGUGGCGGUAUCACAGAUCUCUCAUUUGAUGCCACAGGAUAUACUUGGCAGAUUCUAAAUUGCAUCUUAACAGCUGGCUACUCACUUACUCUGCGGCAUGUCAUGGGCAAAGCUAAGCAGACAACAAAAUCAGGAUCACUUAAUGAAGUGUCCAUGGUUUUGCUGAAUAAUUUGUUGUCUCUACCCUUUGGCAUCUUCUUGAUUAUUGUUUUAAAUGAAUGGGAAUAUGUGAUAAAUGUCGAUGUAGUUAAAUUGCCAAUGUUUUGGGUUGUUGCAACAGCUAGUGGAUUGCUUGGACUUGCCAUUAGCUUCACCUCCAUGUGGUUUUUGCAUCAAACUGGCCCAACCACUUACAGCCUUGUAGGUUCCUUGAACAAGAUUCCCAUCUCUAUUGCCGGUAUCGUGUUGUUCAAAGUUCCACUCAGUAUACCAAACAUGUUCAGCAUACUUUUUGGUUUGUUUGCUGGAAUUUUCUUUGCCAGAGCCAAAAUGUCAUGAUCCCAGAACCAGAAACAUACACACGUUAAACGACCAGAUAGCUUAUCCUUGUCAAAGGAUAAUCUAAAUGACCUUCAUAACUGCAUUUGUCACACUGGGAAAAAGCCAGAAGUUUUCCACGACAUGAAAAAAACAUUUUGAAGUCCUAGAAAACACAAAACUUUAACACAAUACCACUGCCUGAAAAUCACAAGUUCAUACAUACAAUUCAAAAAGGUCAUUAGUAAACAGAAUAAUUGUCAUGUUUAGAUAUAUGUGUUCUGUCUUUAGUUAAUUGCAGAAAGUUAGAAAUCAAGGCAUGUAAUGUUCUUUUUCUUGAGGAAACAGCUGACAGAAAGUAUGUCAUUCCCUUGAUAUAGCUGGAAUAAAAAAUUUUACGGAAU